CAUCCAAUUUUCUAAGCCAAAUAACAAUGGCUACCACUAGAUUGUUGCGUUCGUCUACUAAGCCCUUGGGUCGCAUUUUUGCUCCUUCUUCUUCUUGGCCUUCUUCGUCAGUGAACAAUGUUAGGUGUGUGAGCAAGGGAGGGUUAGAUGGGGAGAAGAAAGUUUGUGGGAGUAGUGAGAAGAAACCAAUGCUGGCUAUGAAGGCGGCUUCUGUGGAAGCAGAGAGUGUGGUCAUAUCAGAGCCACGAGAUGAUUGGGGCAAAGAGUUGGCAUCUUCGCUCGCAGUUGCUAUUAAUGCUAUGCGUCAGGUGCUGGUGCUGGUUAUCAAACCAAGACCUUGGAGAUUACAUGUUCAGAUGCUUAUUGAAAAGGUUAUAAUUGAUUCUCGAUUCUCUACCAUAUUCGCUGUUGCGGGAUCUUUAUUUGGAUCAGUUCUGUGUUUCAUGGAGGGAUGCUUUCUCAUUCUGGAGUCAUAUUUACAGUAUUUCCAUAGCUUAUCACAGAAGUCAGAUCCAGAACAUAUCAUCCAUCUACUGAUAGAAGCCAUAGACAUGUUCUUGGUUGGUACCGCAAUGCUUAUUUUUGGGAUGGGGCUGUACAUCAUGUUUGUGGGAUCAGCGAGUAUGAAAGGAGGUGCUCCAUCGCUUCCAAGGUCGAACUUGUUUGGGCUCUUCCCAUUGAAGACACUUCCAGCAUGGGUUGAGAUGAAAUCAGUUUCACAAGCCAAGUCUAAAAUCGGGCAUGCCGUGAUGAUGAUACUUCAAGUUGGAGUUUUGGAGAAAUUCAAGAGUAUACCUCUUGUUACUAGCUUGGAUCUUGCUUGCUUUGCUGGGGCUGUAUUUGUUUCCUCAGCAUGCAUAUUCCUUCUCUCGAGGCUUUCAGUUGGCGGUAGCCAGCAUGGGAUAGAUAGGUAGCCGAGAAGUUUGCAUGCUGAUACAUGCUCAUACUUAUACCAGAAAGAAGAUUGAGUAGAAGAAGAAGAGAAAAGCCCUUUCAUUGUUUUGGCCAUUAAUUCUUUUUGUAUCAUCACUGAUAUAUACAUAGUUGUAUAGACGCAAUGCUUUCAAUUAGAUAAGAGAAAAACAAAGAAUACCUUAAAGGUAAUAGUACAUAUAAAAGAAUAAGCUUCAACAUCAAGGAGGUUUGCUAGGCACUGCUUCGCCAAUAUCAAUUCCCCCAAGAUCUCUUUCUUAUAUGUUUCCAUCAUUUGUUAGAACAAUAUGUGAUUCAUUGUAAAUCAUUUCCUAAGUCGGUAGUCAAAUUUAUAAAUUUUCUUCCUUUAUACAGUUAUGGGUUUGUCAUCUCUUUCAUAUGCAGUUAUUGGUCUCCCCCGGGCUGCAAUGGCUUUGGUCAACAUCUGAUGGGCUGGUUAGGCUGGUCCGUCCAAUCAGUUCCAUACAGAACUCAUUGGGUUAAACCUUUCUCUGCCCAGAAACGAAGCCUUUCUAGACCAGACUCAGCCUCACCUUGCCUGCAUGCAAUUAUUAUUUGUUGCGAAAGCCUCCCUCUAAGAACUCCAUCAGAGACUCGUCUAGCUGCUGGAUGUCAUAAAGCAUGUAACAUAAAAUGUUAUUUAAGUUCUAUGUUUACGUAAUACUCCAUCAACGAAGC